GAGUCGUGGACUACACACUCGAUUGUGCUCACUCCGCCUGCCUGCCGCACGCCGCGAACGGAUCGCUCGAUUGUGCCGAAAAAUAUAAAACACUCUCGUGCCACCAUUUAUUUGCAACGCCCUCACCUAGACGACUUAGAAUCAACAACCCCCAGUGAACAAAGAUUCGAGUUAGCAUCUGAAUCAAAAAAUUGAGCGUGAAAACAGGAUUUGAAGACGGAAAGGAAACCUCAGGCGAGUCUGGCGGCGCGGAAUGAAAUGAGCUAGCCUCGUGCACCCUCUGGCCGGCGCGGGCCCACAUCCCACGAUUCAGCAGGACCAUGCUCUCCUCCACGCUGCUGCUCCUUCUUUUCUACGCGCAUCUUCCUUUUUCUACGCAACUCGACCUCUCCCAGUGCAACAAUGCUCUGGGGAUGGAGGACGGUCGAAUCCCCGACUCGGACAUAUCAGCCAGUUCAGCCUACGACUCGGGCAGUGUUGGCCCGCAACAUGGAAGACUGCUUCAGGACAAAAAUGGUGGCGCGUGGUGUCCUCGGAACCAGAUCAAACGCGACUCGAACGAGUACCUGCAGGUGGAGCUGCACCGGCCGCACAUGGUGACGGCCACCAAGACGCAGGGCCGCUUCGGCAACGGCCACGGCCAGGAGUACGCCGAGGAGUUUGUCCUCGAAUACUGGCGCCCUGGCAUGAACUCGUGGCGCCGCUGGAGGAACCACAGCAGGAAAGAGACCCUGCCUGGAAACUCGAACACGUACACGGUGGAAGAGCAGCUCCUGGAGCCGCCAUUUUUGGCCACCAGACUGCGUUUUGUGCCUCAAAGCGUGCACGUCCGGACUGUGUGCAUGCGAGUUGAAAUCGUCGGAUGUCCUUGGACAGAGGGGCUGGUGAGCUACUCGAUGCCACAGGGUGAGCAGCGAGGGUCUGAAGUGGACCUGAGCGACCGGGCCUUCGACGGCAAGGACCAGGGCAGCUACCUGGAAAGCGGCCUCGGCCAGCUGACGGACGGACGUCUGGGUGCGGAUAAUUUUCGGGCAGAUACCAACGGACACGGUAAAGGCUACGAGUGGGUCGGCUGGAAAAACGAGAGUGGCGCCAGGCCGGUGGAGAUCGUGUUCGAGUUCGACGCCGUCAGGAACUUCUCGGCCGUCAUCCUGCACGCCAACAAUCUCUACACCAAAGACGUCCAGGUGUUUUCGCAAGCUCGAGUGUUUUUCAGCAUUGGCGGGCGGCACUACUCUGGCGAGCCGGUGCACUUCUCCUACGUGCCUGACCUGAUGAUUGAAAGGGCACGAAACGUGACGGUGAAGUUGCACGGCAGGAUCGGUCGUUUCGUCAAACUGCAGCUGUGGUUCGCCGCCAAGUGGAUCAUGCUCAGCGAAAUUACCUUCGACUCUGCUCCAGUUUCGAGUAACAUCACCGAGGAGGACUCUCAAGACUCGGGUCUGAUGCCCGUUAGCGAGUAUCCACUGCAGAGGGAUGAGGUUCAUCACGAACAGAGAGAAAUUGUAGACGAAGGCAAGGGGAAAAAAGAGUCUGGCAGCUACAUGGGGCCGGUGAUCGGGACGUUGAGCGCCGUGAUUUUGCUGCUGAUCGGCGCGAUCCUGUUCAUCGUGGUGCGGCACCGGCGGGGCAAGAACGCCACCUCCACCGUGCUGCCCAAGUUCAGCGACAAACGCACCAAAGUAAGCACUUCGGGCGCAAAAAGCACUCUGGACUUGACGUUUAUGGUUCCAAAGGACCUGGACAAGAACGGCGGCGGAAUGUACCACGAGCCUUACCACGUCGGCAUGUACUCCAACGGCCGCUACAGCGCCGUCAAGGGAGAAGUCAGCAGCCCUGAUUAUGCUGACGUGCAGAGCUGUGAGUACGCUGUGCCAUCGCACCACCUGGGCCCGACGAUAGAGACGCCGCCCCCGCCCUUCGCCACGGCCAGGCGGCCCUACUCCUUCCUCCCUGGCCCGCCCCAAAACCCACCCCCGACCGAGCAGUUCUACGCCGCCACCGAAAUUGUUCAGGGUGUGAACUCUGUUCACGCGGUGCCGCCGAGCAUGGGUGUGCAGUCAUGUGCCGCGGCCGCGGCGGUCGACACGAGCAGCUCGGCCGACGAGGAGGACGAGCUGGAGGCGUCCACUUCCCCUCUGCUGCUCGACUUCCCCAGGGACAAGCUGCGCGUGCUCGAGGACCUGGGCCAGGGCCGCUUCGGUCAGGUCCACCUCUGCGAAGCCGAGCAGGCCAACGAACACCGGCUCGUCGCCGUCAAGUGGCUCACGCCUGGCGCACCUGAAAGCACCAGGGCGGAGUUCGAGCGCGAAGCCGAGGUGUUGGCUCGUCUGCGGGACCCGAACCUGGCCAGGGUGGUGGGCGCGCGCCUCACCGAGGAACCUUUCUGCGUGGUGCUCGAGUACAGCGACUGCGGCGACCUCAACCAGUUCCUGCAGGACCACAUUUCAGAGACUACCACACCAGUGCCUGCCAGGGCCCAAACGUUAAGUUACGGCAGUCUGAUCUACAUGGCGACGCAAAUCGCUUCGGGCAUGAAGUACCUGGAGUCGCUCAACUUUGUGCACCGCGAUCUGGCCACCAGAAACUGCCUCGUUGGUCCUGGCUACUCAAUCAGAAUAUCAGACCUGGGCUCAGGUCGGGCGCUCUACUCAUCGGACUACGUGUCCCUGGAGGGCCAGCAGCCGUUGCCACUCAGGUGGAUGGCCUGGGAAAGUGUCUUGCUCGGAAAAUUCUCAAGUAAGAGCGACGUGUGGUCGUUCGCUGUGACCCUUUGGGAGGUGCUCACCUUCGCCAGGGAGCAGCCCUUCGAGGAGCUCAGUGACGCCAAGGUGCUCGAAAACCUGGCACACAUCUGUGAUGAUGAUGGCCACCAGAUGUAUCUGGAGCAGCCGAAGAACUGCCCAAAAGAGAUUUUCGACCUGAUGAGCGAGUGCUGGCAGACGUCUGCGAACGCGCGGCCCAACUUCCGCGAGAUCCACCUUUUCCUGCAGCGCAAGAACCUCGGCUACAAACCGACCAGCCCGAAAGCGUGAGACGGACGCUGAGACCAAACAGUUUUCUGAUCUCGACUGUGCGACACAUAAAGUGACAAUUUUACCGCUCUGACCUUCAUAGUGUGCUAAUAACAAUCAGAUUAUUUAGUUUCUAAGUGCUCUGACGACUCCCUUACACACUCGCCUUUUGCAGCAGUUCCGCUCUCACCUUCCGUUCUUAACUUUCUUUCUAAAUGUCAGGGCUGCCCUUUAAUUAUUUUUUAAAGUCUUACUAAUUUUUAUUUUUAUGAUUUUCUGCAUUGUCAUUAAUUUAUUUAAUAUUUUAACAUGAUUUUUUUUCUAAAUAAUUUGAAAGAUAAAUUAUAAAAUAUAAGACAAUCAACCGCAGAAAUUGUGUAAAGUGCGAAAUUUAAUUCCAUAACUCUGAAAAUGUUGUUUUAUUUUUAUUUUGAAGAUUUUAAUCGGCUUCUCAAUUUGCAACCUCAUUAUUUUUCUUGAAAAAACGUAACAAUUCACAUUUUUAGAAAUUUGCAUAAAAAAAUCGCAGCCCUGAUUUAAAAAUGUGUUUUUGUUUCCCCUUAUCUCUCCCCCCUCCCUCCCCUCUGUGUCAUCGCUGCUUUGUUGGAAAUCAAAAAGUCUUGUUAGAUCUAAGUCAUAACAACGAGAGAGCUGGCUGGCGUGCAGCCACGCUCGCCUGCAAAUUAACUCUGUCUAACAAAACUGACGCAUCGCUAAUAAUUGUAAAGGAAAUACUAUCGCUCUACAUGCAUAUAAACGCAGCAAGCAAUCAGUUUAAUUUUGUGAUAUCACCUCUUGAGGCAGUUUUCUAAAAUUCCGAGUCGAAUUCUUUGUUGGCCUUUCGUCCGACUCCGUUCGGCUGGCGGCUCUCUAUUCAACGCAGUGCAAUAAAUAAAGAUACAUCACGCAAAAAUGAA